AUGGCUAAUUCAUCCCACUGCUAUCUGCCUCGCUUUACUCCGGCGGUCGAAGGGCCUAGACGCCCGGUUUCGAUGAAGACGAAACCGACACCUUCGCAACAUGCGCAGUUAUUAACCGCAUGGCACGAAGGGAGACUGGAAUCGGUAUUGCAGGCCACUUGGGCCCUGGUCCUGCACUACUAUAUCCGUUCCGAGGAUAUCUGCUUCGGCUACCAACACAUCGACGGCGACUCGAUUUCCUCUCGAUACCCUGUACAGCGGUCGAGUGUCGCCAACCUGUCAGCGUUUCGGCUGGCUAUCAACGAGAACGACUCCAUCCAGGGAAUUGUAGAUAAAGUUCGCGACCACGAUGGAGUCGACUCGCAGAUUGGGGGUGUGGGAAGCGACGAGGGCGCUUCCGAGGGAGGCUACUUGCCUUUCAACACCAUCCUGAUGCUGCGCACAUAUCGCAAGGCGAACGAUUCACCCUCCUCGCCACUUUCUCAACAACCAAUUCUGGCAACCGCUCUUCCCGACCAGGUUCGUGUCUUUUGUGUUUAUCUCCCUGUUUCCUCCCUUUGUGGUCGGCUUCCUGCAUAUGCGGGCCCGAUAGAAUACUGGUUGGAUUCUUGCCAGGUUCGCCUUCAUGCGAAGGUGUUGCGCCGGGACAUCAACAUCUUCCUCGAAUGGCGAAAUGGGGACAUGUCUGGAGAGCAGAUGAAGAGUGUUGCCCACAUCUUUGAGCAGAUGCUCGCGCAAGUACUUUCACCGGGAAACGUUGCUAUUAGCCAGCUUAAUUUGUUCUCCGAAAACGACCUGCAGCGCAUCCGCAAGUGGAACUCGCACACCCCUAAGCUGUACGAUCGCACCAUCCACGACGCUAUCCGUGACCAGGCCUUAAGUGGCCCUGAUCGAGAGGCCGUGAGCGCGUGGGAUGGCAAUUUGACCUACGCCGAGCUUGAUGCGUUAGCCUCGAAGCUCGCGUGCCAUUUGCGCAUGCAGGGAGUUGGGCCAGAAGUGCGUGUUGCGCUUUGCUUUGAUAAAUCGGUACCGUGCACGUCCGUGCAGAAGUACAUGAUGGACUGGGGGGCAAAUCUCUGCAAGAAAUGGAACAUUGUUGCCAUGCUCGGCGUGAUGAAGGCGGGCGGUGCCUUCGUCCCAUUGGAUCCGACCCACCCGACAUCGCGCUUGCAACGUUUAAUCGAAUCCGUCAAGGCUGUGCUGGUGUUAUGCUCGCCAUCGCGCGCCGAGACUCUGCGACCUAUUGCGAGUACUUUGAUCCCUCUAUGCACCGAGACUCUGGAAGGACUAUCGGACCCUGUGGAGGGCGUCGACCUUGCAUCGGGUGUUACCAGCCAGAAUGCCGCAUAUGUUCUGUUCACUUCCGGGUCCACGGGAGAGCCUAAGGGCACCCUGUUGGAGCACCGUGCCUACUUGUCAAGCGCAAUGGUGCAUGGCCCUGGCCUGCGUGUCUUUUAUGAGACACGAGCCCUCCAAUUCGCAGCUCACACCUUCGAUGCUAGCUUGGCCGAGUCGCUGACACCCCUGAUCCACGGUGCCUGUGUGUGUAUUCCUAGCGAGGAGCAGCGACUGAAUGACAUCGUCGGUUUCAUCAAUGAGCACCGUGUGAACCAAGCAUGUUUCACCCCGUCUUUCAUCGGCUUUAUUGAAAUCGACAGCGUGCCGGGAUUGCAGAGUCUCGUUUUGGCCGGCGAGGCAAUGUCGCAGUCCCAACUGGCCACAUGGUCCAGAAUCAAACUGGUCAAUGGUUACGGCCCAACGGAGGCCAGUGUCGCAUCCGUGCUGAAUUCGAAUGUCACACCUACCACCGAUUGUAAAGAUAUCGGCCUGCCCAUCGGAGUGCGCUCGUGGGUGGUCAAUCCGGAAAAUCAUGACGAAUUGGUUCCCGUUGGCUGCCCUGGUGAACUACUUCUUGAAGGGCCGACGCUCGCCCGUUGUUACGUGAAUAACCCCGAGAAGACGAACGACUCUUUCAUCUACGAUCCUGCCUGGGUAAAUCUUGAUGCUGGACGAGGGUCUAACCGCAGAUUCUACAAGACCGGGGACUUGGUGAGGUACAACUCCGACACGGGGGCGAUGAACUACGUCGGUCGCAAAGACACCCAGGUCAAGGUUCAUGGUCAGCGAAUCGAACUGGGCGAAAUCGAAAAUCAAUUGAACAAGGACACUCUCGUUACCCACUGUUCGGUUUUCUUUCCCAAGUCCGGUUUCUCCGAGGGUAGGCUCGCAGCUGUCAUUUCCUCUGUGGGGCUUCUCGCAGAACAAUCGGAUUCAGACUUGAAGCCCUUACGUUUGAUAUCUCCAAGCCAAAAAUCGCAGAUUGUGCCGGGAAUUCGCGAACGAUUAUCUGCACGUCUCCCGACUUAUAUGGUCCCUUCGGUUUGGCUGUGCGUAGAAGCCAUGCCGCUGCUACCAUCUGGCAAACUUGAUCGAAAGGGAAUUGCAGGUUGGGUGGUAAACAUGGGGCAGGACCCUGAUAUCGCAGAGGCAACUUCCGGGUUCCAACCUACAGGCGAACAAUCUCUGCCUGCUAAUGAGAAUGAGGAGGCUCUGGUCGCGGUGUACAGCCGUGUUCUGAAUAUUCCCCAGAAACAUGUCAGCCUGAACGAGAGCUUCCUCGCGAUGGGUGGUGAUUCCAUUGCUGCCAUGACUUGCAUCGGCAUGUGCAAGAAGCGUGGCCUGGCUCUAUCAGUGCAGGAAGUUUUGCGCAGCAAGUCCAUUCGGGAUCUGGCAUCGCGGGCUCGAGCCAUUGACCAUGCGACUACUUACCAGGAAGCGGUUGACAAACCGUUUGAACUUUCUCCCAUCCAGGUUUUGCACUUUGGUGUUCGGAAGGAGGGUCAGGGUCAUUUCAACCAGGGAAUUCUCACUCGCCUCAAUAGGCCUGUUGAUGAACCUACCCUACGCCAGGCGAUUGAAACACUCGUCUCCCGUCACUCUAUGCUCCGUGCUCGAUUCGAUGAUUCCGGUUCUGCAACAGCUUCAAAGCAGCGAAUCACUCCGGAUGUGAAGAAUUCCUUCCGUCUCCGAACAAACAGCGUUAACAGCAUUAAAGAGACCAAGGCAUUCAUUGGUAGCAGUCAAGGUUGCAUCAACGGAUUCUCUGGGCCGCUGCUGGCUGCUGAUUACUUCCGCGUCAAGGGUCAGGAGAAGUGCCACAUCUUGUCCAUGACUGCUCAUCACUUAGUGGUUGACAUUGUCUCGUGGAGAAUUAUUCUCGAAGAUCUGGAGGACUUACUAGUCAACCCAGGCAAGACCUCGAGCGAGAAUGGUUCUCUGCCUUUCCAGACUUGGUGCAAGUUGCAGGAGGAACAGUGCAAGAACUUGAUCAAAGAGAAAAAGGCAGCCACCGAUCAGCUUCCAGCAAUUGAUUUUGGCUAUUGGGGACUAAGGAACAGCCAGACAACAUAUGGCGAUGUGGACUGCGCAUCGUUCGAUAUCGAUGCUGUGCACUCUAACAGAAUCAUGAUGGAAUGCCACAAAGUCCUGAACACCGAGCCAAUUGAUUUGUUCCUUGCAGCGAUGCUUCACUCGUUUGGAAAGUCUUUCACUGAUAGAUCCUUACCAACGAUCUACAACGAGGGCCACGGUAGAGAAGUUUGGGACCCAUCGAUUGAUAUUUCUCACACUGUCGGCUGGUUCACCAUUCUACAUCCGAUCUUUGUUUCCGACUACAAGCCAGACAGCGCCAUCGACACGCUCAUUCAGGUCAAGGAUUUGCGUCGCCGCGUUUCUGAUAAUGGGCGCGCAGACUUCGCUAGCCGUGUCCUUCAACUCGGUGGCACAACAGGUAGUCGCCAUCCCCACCCGUUCGAGAUGUCCUUCAACUAUGUCGGGCAGCACCGCGAUCUUCAGAGAACUGACGGGCUGUUCCAGCUUGUGGAUCAAAUGGCCGGCGAAGCAGGUCAAGGCAGUGAUGCUGCUGAUUUCGGAAAGGACACUCCCCGUUUUGGCUUGUUCGAGAUCUCGGCCAUGGUCGUUGCUGGCAAGAUCCGGUUCACAUUCUCUUUCAACAAGUUUAUGCAGCAUCAGAACCGUAUUCAUGAAUGGGUUUCUCAAUGCCAGCAGCAGCUGGUUUCAUUGUCUGAGCAGUUAACAGCGAUGUCGCCUCGUUUGACGCUGAGCUCCUUCCCGAUGCUCUCUUUGAAUUACGAGAGCCUGGACAAGUUGCUCACGCAAAAGUUGCCAGCGAUCGGUGUCAAUUCGCCAGACAUGAUCGAAGACAUCUAUCCCUGCUCUCGUAUGCAGCAAGGUAUUCUGCUUGGCCGGACUCGGGACAGCUCGUACUAUGCGGUGCACGAUACCUUUGAGGUUCGCGGUACCGGGCCAACAAAGCCAAACCUGGAUCGCUUGGUGGAGGCCUGGAGGCAGGUCAUUUGUCACCAUGCUAUGUUCCGCACCGUCUUUGUUGAAAACCUCACUCCUCGAGACCCUUUCUGCCAAGUAGUGCUGAAGGAUUAUGACAUUUCACCAGUCAUCUUGCAGUCUUCCAGUGACAACGAUGUCAUGGCCACUUUUGAUGCUCAGAAACCCAAGGAAUACAGUGAGAUCGCCCCUGCGUACAGGUUCAGCAUUUGCCAGACCCCCAGUGGCAAGCUUUUCUGUCGCAUCGAGCUCAGUCACGCGGCUAUGGAUGGCAACUCGAUUUCUAUUCUCAUGCGUGAUCUGCAGCUGGCUUAUGCUGGCAGAUUGGAGGAGAGUCGACGGCCCUUAUUCAAGGAUUAUAUGCGCUACCUGCUCGAUGCGCCACAAGAGGCCAGUCUGCAGUAUUGGUGCUCGUACCUUGCCGGCGCCAGACCCUGUCUCUUCCCGACUCUUACACAUGGCCAGAAGUCUCCCGAGAAGAAUCUACGAUCUGUACCUGUCAACUUCGGCUCUCUGGCUCAAUUGCAGGGUAUUUGUGAGAAGAAGGGAAUCACCUUGUCCAAUGUAUUCAAUGCGGCCUGGGGUCUCACACUGCGUUUGUUCUGUGGCUCCGAUGACGUGAGCUUCAGUUACAUGGCUUCUCUCCGCGAUGUUCCAGCGGAUGGAGUUCAGUGGGUUGUCGGUCCUGCCAUCAACCUCAUGGUCUGCCGUAUGAAGAUGUCCGGCGAGACACUUCUCAUGGAUGCCCUGGAGCAGAUCCAGAACGACUACAUGGAGAGCAUCCCACAUCGACACACUUCUCUCAUCGACAUUCAGCACGCCCUCAAAAUGUCCGAUGCCAACCUGUUCAACUCUGGUGUCUCCUACCGACGUCUUCCUGGCGCUAAGGAUGCAGUCAGCAGCGACAUCGAGUGUGUGGAGGUUGGCUCUAUCCACGAUCCAGCCGAGUUCCCUGUUUUCAUCAACAUUGAGGCGAUGGAUACUCAAGCUCGGAUCGAGCUGAACUACUGGACCACCAAUCUUUCCGAUGCCCAAGCGGCCAACGUUGCCAACACAUAUGUCCGUUUCCUCGAGAGCAUUCUGACCAAUGCCGAUAGUCAGAUCGGCCAGCUGGACUGCCUAAGUGAUUCUAACAAGGCUCAAAUUCAAGCUUGGAAUAAGAAAAGUCCCAAAGCUGUCGAUCGCUGUACCUAUGAGGUCAUUCAGAAGAUGGCGAGCCAAAAGCCAGAUGCUUUGGCCAUCGCCGCUUGGGACGGAAAUCUCACUUAUUCAAAGUUGGAUCAAUACUCGUCCAGACUAGCCAGCUACCUAGUCACAUUUGGGGUUGGGCCCGGAAGCUUGAUUCCAACGUGCUUCGAGAAAUCCGUCUGGAACACCGUGUCUAUGCUGGCUGUCAUGAAGGCCGGCGGUGGCUGCAUUCCUGUUGAAGGCCUCAAGACCAUGGGUUUGAUUGAAAAGUGGGUUCUAGACAAUGCCGUGCAGGUUGCCCUCGCUUCCCCUGAGAAGGCUCAGAUCCUAGAGGAGACCAUCCCUUAUGUUAUCCCCGUCAGCGAGUCUCUUCUCGAGUAUCUCAACGACGAGCCGCUCCCAUUGACGGCUGGCCCGUCCGACCCGGCCUAUGUUGCCUUCACCUCUGGCACCUCGCGCCGUGCUCGUGGUGUUGUCCUCGAACAUGGUACAAUCAUGACACGCGCCGAGGCCUUUGCCAACUCUCUGGGUAUAUGCGACUCUUCUAGGAUCUUGCAGUCUGCUGCUCAUACCUCCGACCUGUUUCUGCUGGAGAGUAUCGGGACCUUGAGCCGUGGUGCGUGUCUCUGCAUCCCAGCUGAUGUCGAGCCAGCGAAUCUUGCUGCCUCUAUGAGUGUUCUGCACUGCAAUAUAGCCUGCAUCACUCCAACAGUUGCCAGCUUCCUGACUCCCAAAGAUGUGCCUACUCUCAAAACUGUGGCAUUUUUCGGAGAAGCUGCAUGUCAAACGCUGCUAGAAAACUGGACAUCUGAGGAUCUUCAGGUGCAUCUUCUGUAUGGCAACACCGAAGCUUCCACAGCGUCUAUGCACUACAAGGUUGUCGGUAAUGCCGCCGAGCCUCAUAUUGGAUCGGCCAUUUCAUGCGCCCCAUGGGUUGUUGAUCCAAGCAACCACAAUGCCCUUGUUCCUGUUGGUGCAAUUGGUGAACUGGCAAUUGAGGGCCCUGUUGUUGCUUGUGGCUACCUGUCUGGUACCAAGGAUGGCGAGUCAGAUUUCUUUGAGAAGCCUGCUUGGAUUUCCGCCUUCCCCGGUGGUAAAAAUCGCAAGUUCCUCAAGACUGGUGACCUUGUCCGGUACAACGCCGAUGGCUCUUUGGUUUUCCUAGGGCGAAAGAGCUGCCGCAUCAUGUGCUCCGACACCAUGUCCAUCCAGCGACUCGUGAAGGAUUUCCUUGGGCCAAAGCGAACGUCUGCCAUCGACACUGUGAGGCUGACUGGGGACUGCUCAGACAGCAUCGUUGCUUUCAUUGGGUCGUCAAGGUCCGCAACCAGCAGUGCUGAUGACCAAGUCAUUCUGAAGUCUGCGCCCGAGUUGAAGUCUACUAUCGCCUCGCUACACUCUCACCUGGCUAGCAAACUCCCUGCCAGCAAGGUUCCUAGUACAUACGUCCCUCUUUCCUCCCUGCCCCUUAGUCCAUUUGGCAAGCUAAACUACCAGGCCUUGGGAGCCGAGCUUGGAGCUCUACCUGACGCUCAGCUCCGAUCGUUCGAUUCCAAACACUGGACCGGCGCCAGGUCGGCUAAUCGUGCAUCCUUUGGAUCGGGUGUCUCGAACAACCAUCUCACCUUCUGGAAAGAGUAUCUUGCCGAUGCCGAACCUUGUAAUUUCCCGCCCAUCUCACACGACGCUACCACUCUUGAACGUUCGACCCGGACUCUCAACAAACAGACCCAGAAGUUGCAUGCAUUCAGCAAAUUAUCCAAUGUUUCCGUCGAGACUUUGUUCCAGACCGCUUGGGGCAUUGUAUUGCGAUGCUACACCGGGUGCGACGAUGUCUGUUUUGGCUUCUCUACCGAAGCAGAUGCGCAAUGCAUCUCUGUCUGCCGCCUACUUCUGAACAACGAUCGCAACUUGGAAGAAACCCUUCAGCAGUCAAAAGCCCAAUUUGAUGAAGGCCGAGAGAACUUUACUGAUCUUGCCGUUAUCAAACACCACCUGGGCCUCGACGAUGCUAGUCUCUUCAACACUCUCCUCACCUACCGCACUGCCUCUAAAUUACCCCAAGGUGAUGCUGGUGACUCCAAUGCAACCAAGGGCUACAAGAUCGCUGUUGCAGCCGUUGUUUCUAGCACUGUCGCAGAGAUUCACUUCACCUACACCUCUGACACGGUCACAUCCGCCCAAAUCACCCACAUCAUUGAUGCCUUUGACCAUAUUUUGAACGAUAUGAUGUCCUCCAGUCCUCUACAUCGCACUAUAGGUGAUCUUGAUCUCUUCCCUGAGCGGUCUUGCCGCCAGAUUCGUGACUGGAAUGCCACCCUUCCUCCCAGAAUGGACAAGUGCGCCGACGAGCUUAUCCAACAACAAGCCCUCCUUAACCCCCGUGCUGAGGCCGUUUGCUCCUGGGACAAGAACUUUACCUAUGGCCAACUAGAAAUCGUUGCCAGUCGUCUUGGACGCUUCUUGACAAACUCCGGAGUGAAACCUGAAGUCUUUGUUGUUCUAUGUUUCGAGAAAUCAGCUUGGGCUGUUGUUGCUCAGCUAGCUGUGCUCAAGGCCGGAGGUGCUUUUGUCUCCAUUGAUCCCUCUCAUCCCGACUCCCGUUUACAGAUGCUGAUCGAUGAGAUUGGUGCUGAUCUCGUGCUCUGUUCCGCCUCCCUCCAGACGAAGCUCGCCAAGCUGUGCAAGAAGGCAUUUGGUGUCUCUCAGAAUUCUAUCUCGCAGCUUCCCGAAUCUCCUCUUGCCCUUUCUGGAGUUCGUCCAACGGCCGAAAAUGCCGCCUAUGCCAUUUUUACGUCGGGAACAACCGGAAAGCCUAAAGCAACCGUUGUCGAGCAUGUUGCCUUAAGCACCACUGCUAUUGCCAUGAUGGAUGCUCUCCACAUGGACUCCGGGACCCGUGCACUUCAAUUCUCCAACUAUACCUUCGACGUCAGCGUGCUGGAGAUUAUGAUGACCUUGAUGACCGGUGGGUGUGUUUGUGUACCCAGUGAAGAAGAACGGAUGAACAAUCUUGGUGGUGCCAUCCGGCGCAUGGAAGCCAACUACAUGUCCUCACCCCCUGCCAUUGUCAAUACCCUGGAGCCCAAGACCGUUCCAGCCCUGAAGACGAUCAUCACUGGUGGUGAGAAGAUGCCUGCCAACCACAUCGAUCGCUGGCACGAUCGGUUUGUUAUCAACGCAUAUGGUCCUUCUGAAGCCACUGUUGUAGCCACAGUUGGCGUCAAGGUGGACUGGGAGGGUAAUCGUGUUAAUGAUGACCCAACCUCUAUUGGUACCGCCGCUAACUGCAGAGUUUGGAUUGUCGAUCCAAACAACUAUAACCGCCUGCUUCCCGUCGGUGCUGUCGGCGAGAUGCUCCUCGAAGGAAGCAACAUUGCUCGUGAAUACCUUGGAAACCCAGAAAAGACUAAAGCUGCUUUUGUGGACGAUCCAGCUUGGAGCCACCACAAUGGGCUACUUGGACUGUUCAAGCGCAAGGAUCGCAUGUACCGUACUGGUGAUCUUGUUCGCUACAACAGCGAUGGCACCCUUGCAUUCAUCUCCCGCAAAGACACUCAGAUCAAGUUCAACGGACAGCGUAUUGAACUUGAGGAGAUUGAACACCAAUGCGUUCGAUGCUUGCCCGAGGGCUCCCAAGUUGCCGUGGAUGUUGUUGUCCCCGAGGAGCGAACCGUUGCGAAGGGACUUGCAGCCUUCUUCACCGUUCAUGAUCAGGAUUCCCAAGGCGGCAGUACCGAUCAGUUCACUCCCACCAUCCCCGGUGCUGAUCCUCUGCUGCUGCCCAUCUCCGUCUCAAACAUGGAUGCUGUUCAGAAGUUGAAGAGCUCCCUGCCAGAUCUUUUGCCCCAGAGCAUGAUGCCUCGUCUCUUCUUUCCACUACGAAACCUACCGUUUACCUCGUCUGCCAAGAUUGACCGCCGCAGACUUCGUGCCAUGGUACGAACUUUGUCGAAAGAGUCCCUCAAGUCCUACAUUACCUUCAACACCUCGGGCAAGAACGAGGAGAUGUCCACGGAUGGUCUCGAUGCCAAGCUCCGUGACCUUUGGGAGAAGACCCUGGAUCUCGAGGCCGGGUCCGUCACUAACGAAGACAGCUUCUUUGCCCUGGGUGGCGACUCCUUCUCUGCCAUGAACCUCGUCGGUGCCGCCCAGUCUCAGGGUAUUGCGCUCAACGUUGCAACUAUUUUCAAGACGCCUGUUCUCAUCGAUAUGGCAAAGAGCUGCUCUGAAUCCAUUCAGACUCUGCCCGCGGAGCCCAUGCCUCUCAAGCCCUUCUCGCUCCUUCCAUCCUCUGUUGACGUCGACAGCCUUCUGGAUGAGGUGACUGAAAACUGCGCUGUGGCAAAGGAUGAAGUCUGUGAUAUAUACCCAUGCAGUGCUGUUCAGGAGGGCCUUUUGACAAUGUCCAUCAAACAUCACGGGGCAUACGUUGCGCAACCGGCAUUCCGCCUGGCCGAUGGUGCCGACCUCAACCGCUUCAAGGCCGCCUGGCAGCAGACUGUGGCAGACAUAGACAUUCUUCGGACUCGAAUCGUUCACACUGAAGCGAUGAACUUCGCACAGGUCGUUCUCAAGGAUACUUCUAUUGACUGGGUGCAUGCGGAGUCUUUCGAUGAUCUGCCCAAUGACACCACCGAACUUCCCAAGCACAAUGGGGCUCCUUUGGCAGGGUAUGCAAUCGUUCAGCCUCGUCAAUCUUCAACUUUGUACUUUGUUUGGUCAGUUCAUCACGCUCUCUACGACGGCUGGAGCAUUCCUCUCGUCUAUCGCAGACUCGAAGAAAAUUACAACGCUUCGCAAUCCAAGAUGCCCGCCGCCUCAUAUGGUCUCUUCAUUGAAUACCUCAACACGAAGAACAUGGAAGAAUCCGACGCAUUCUGGAAGAGCUAUCUGGCCAACAUGUCUGCCACUCCAUUCCCUCAGAACAAGAACUCCGUUCCUGAUGCCAUUCGUGCUGGAAAUACCCAGUAUCACACCAUGGAAUUUACCCGACCGGCAAACAGCGUUGACUUCACUCUUCCUGUUCUUCUGCGUGCCGCUUGGGCCCUCGUGGUUUCGACUCACACCGCCACCGGUGAUGUAUGCUUUGGCGAGACCUUGUCCGGUCGCAACAUCGAUCUACCUGGUGUUGGUGACAUUGCGGGGCCUGUACUAUCAACUGUGCCCUCGCGCAUCACGGUAGAUCAGGAGAUGUCCAUCAUUAAGUACCUUGGUCAGAUUCACCAAUCCACUACCGACAUGAUCCCUCAUCUACAUUCUGGCCUUCAGCGUAUUCGCGCACUGAAUGAUGACACCUCUGCCAGCUGUGGUUUCCAGAACCUCCUGGUCAUCCAGCCCACCGAAGGCGAACUGAACAGCAGUAUUUGGAUAGAUGAGAAGCGUGAAACCAGCGAAGACUUCUUCACUCACCCACUCGUCAUGGAAUGUGGCAUCUCCAAGACACGCAUUACAUUCACUGUUCAUCAUGAUGAGCUCGUCAUCAAUGGAUGGCAGAGCAAACACCUUGCGGAGCAAUUUGGCCAUGUGUUGAGCCAGCUCAUGUCUACCCUGAAGACGAGCACUGCGAAGCUUGCGGAUCUGGAGGUUGUCAGCCCCGAAGAGAAGAUGGAAAUUGCUCGAUGGAACCAACGUGAAAUUCCGUCUGUCGAGCGCUGCGUUCAUGAGUUCAUUCAGGACAAGUGUCUGGAGACACCGAAUGCACCUGCAGUUUGUGCAUGGGAUGGCGAACUCACAUACCGUGAAUUCUGGGAUCUCGCAUCUUCCUUCGCCAACUAUCUUGUCUCUCGUGGUGUUGGCCCGGAAGUAUUUGUCCCUGUGUGUCUCGACAAGUCUGCUUGGGCAAUGGUUACCCUCAUCAGUAUUCUGAUCGCUGGCGGUGGCUACGUUCCGUUGGAUCCUCACCAUCCUGUUUCCCGGCAUGAAGAGAUUUUGAAGGACGUCGGUGCCAACAUGAUUCUGUGCACUCCCAACUACACCACCAGAUACACCCGAGUUGUCAAGACCGUUAUUCCAAUCAGCAAGGACACUCUGAAAGCGUAUGGAUCUCUCAAUCUUCCAGCCAAGAACCGCACCAAAGUCCAACCUUCGAACAUGGCCUACACAUUGUUCACAUCUGGAUCAACUGGACGUGCUAAGGGCAUCGUGGUGGAGCAUCGCAACGCAGUCAGCAGCAUCAUGGGCUUUGCUCCAAUGACUUUGAUGGGUCCUAAGUCUCGGGUCUUCCAGUUUGCUUCGCUGACAUUCGACGCCGCCAUCAUGGAGACUUUGGCAAUCUUGAUGGUUGGCGGUUGCAUUUGUGUCCCGAGUGAGGACGAGCGCCUCAACGACGUGGCUGGUGCCAUCCGUCGUCUCAACGUUACAUGGACCUUCCUCACUCCAUCUAUUGCGAGCAUCAUCGAACCGUCUUCCGUGCCUUCGCUGGAGAUACUCAUCGUCGGUGGCGAGAAGAUGUCCCAAGAGGUCAUCACCAAGUGGGCCAAUGUCCUUCACCUGAUGAAUGGCUACGGUCCUACGGAAACAGUUGUCUUUGCCGUUGUUGAUACUGCUGUCGCCACUAGCCGCGACCCAGCCCGCAUCGGCUAUGGUAUCCCUUGCACCUUGACUUGGAUUGUUGAUGCCGAGAACCACGACCGCCUUGCACCACUUGGCGCUGUCGGCGAGCUUGCACUUGAAGGACCAGCAUUGGCCCGGGAAUAUCUCAAGAAUCCUGAGAAGAAUGCAGAAUCUUUCAUCAUGGAUCCUGCUUGGGUCAAGGACUUUAAGUCCUCGAUUCCAUCGCCGCGACGGAUCUACAAGACCGGCGAUCUUUGUUACUACAACCCCGAUGGUUCCAUUGAGUACAUCAGCCGCAAGGAUCACCAGGUCAAACUUCAUGGCCAGCGGAUGGAGCUCGGCGAAAUCGAGCACAGGCUUUCGGAACACGAAGCAGUUCGCCACGCAGUCGUCAUUCUGCCCAAGACUGGUCCUUUGAAACAGCGUCUCGUCACCGUCAUGUCGGCCAACAAGAUCGCCGCCGACAACAAGCUGAUUUCCGACAAGCCUUGCGAGCUCCUCGAUGAUGAAGAGUUUGACAACAAGGGUCUGGCUAUUCUGGUUGACGUCCAGAAAAGUCUUGAAGCCCAAUUGCCUGUCUACAUGGUUCCUCAGACAUGGGCUUUGGUCAAGAAGCUGCCGAUGCUUGUCUCUGGCAAACUUGAUCGGAAGAAGAUCUCUGCCUGGCUCGAGAACAUUGAUAAUGACUCUUAUGAGCGCAUAAUGCAAGAUUUCGACCGCAUGAAGCGUGGCGUGACCGAGAAGCCGCAGCCCGAGCAGGAGAAGACUGGUUCUCUCAAGAUCAUUCGCGAGAUUUUCGCGCAGGUUCUCAACAUCUCCUUGCAAAAAGUUAAUGUCGACCGCUCUUUUGUCAGCCUGGGCGGUGACAGUAUUACCGGAAUGGCCGUGAUAUCCAGAGCGCGAAAGCAAGGCCUUGUUGUCACAUUGAAUGACAUCUUACAGUCCAAGUCUGUCAAAGAAUUGGCCCAGACUGCCACUUCAAAGGCUCCUGCUGUCAGUCAGCGACAGGAGAAGUCUGGGGAAGGCUUUGGGCUUUCGCCGGUUCAAAAGUUGUACAUGCAGUCUUCGACCUCCUUCAAGGGUGCCGCUCGAUUCAACCAGAGCAUUACUGUGCGCAUUGCCCGACGAGUCGAAGGCGAAGUCCUCCGCAGGGCAAUUAACGCUGUCACCAGCCAACACUCCAUGUUGCAGGCCCGAUUCAACAAGCCCAAAGACGGAAUCUGGCAACAGAAGACCGCAGGGGAGGUUGAGGCAUCAUACCGUUUCCGCGUGCACUCUGUGAGCAACACUCGCGCAAUGGUUCCAAAGAUUGCCGAGAGCCAGUCCAGCCUGGAUCCGCUCAAUGGUCCUAUCUUUGCUGCUGAUCUUUUCAAUCUUCGCAGUGGUGGGCAGGUCCUAUUCCUUGUUGCACACCACUUGUGUGUCGACAUGGUUUCUUGGCGGAUCAUCCUUCAAGACCUUGAGGAGCUCGUCGUCUCUGGCUCAUUGUCCGAUGAGAAGGCCUUGUCCUUCCAGAGCUGGUGCGCCAUGCAGCUGGAACGCGCAAAGACGCACGAUGCCGGUCUUACUCUUCCAUUUACUCCAGAAACGCCAAACAUGGGUUACUGGGGUAUGAGUGGUAUUGAAAACCAGUAUGGCGACCUCAAAAUGGAAUCGUUCACACUGAGUGAAGAUACCACACAGUUCCUCCUGAACGGUUGCCAUGAAGUCUUUGGGACAGAGGCUGUCGACAUUCUGCUUGCUGCAAUUAUUCACUCUUUCGGAAUGAUUUUCAUCGAUCGCAAAAUUCCCACCAUCUACAAUGAAGGUCAUGGUCGUGAGCCGUGGGACGCGAGCAUCGACCUGUCCAGAACUGUUGGCUGGUUCACCACGAUGACUCCGCUGCUUAUUGACAGCAAACAAGGAACUAUUCUUGACACCAUCAAGCGUGUUAAAGACAUACGUCGCAAGAUCACCGAGAAUGGCCGCCCCUACUUCGCCAAGAGUCUUCUUGCAUCUGAUCAACAAUCAUCUGAUGAUUUCGAUGUUCCCCUGGAAAUUCUCUUCAACUACCUUGGAAAGCUGCAGCAGCUGGAGCGGGCCGAUUCCCUCUUCCGCCACCAGGGCAGUGUUUUCGACAGCUCAGAUUUCGCGGUCGCGGGUGACAUGGGCCCCGAGACACAUCGAUUUGCGCUAUUCGAGCUGUCUGCGAUUGUCGUGAAGGAGCGUCUCAACGUUUCAUUCGCAUAUAACCGCAAGAUGUCUCGAGAGCCUCAAAUUCGCCGCUGGAUUCUACAAUGCAAGCAAACUCUUGAGAAAGAAAUGUCUGUUCUCAGAAAUGCCACCACAGAGCCCACCCUGAGCGACUAUCCCCUGUUGCCCAUCAACUACAACGGCCUCCAAAUUCUCACCAACAGCACCUUCAAAAAGCUCAGCAUUCGCAGCAAGACGGAGGUAGAGGAUAUUUACCCUUGCUCGCCAAUGCAGGAGGGUCUCUUGCUGAGCCAGCUUCGCGAUUCCAGCGCCUACAUGUUCCACACCAUUUUUGAGAUCCAGGAUGCGCGCACUGGAAAGGUUGAUGCCGAGAGACUUGCUCGCUCAUGGCAGAUGCUCGUUGACCGACACCCAGUCCUCCGAACUGUCUUCAUCGACAGCAACUACAGCGGCGGAUCUUUUGAUCAGCUUGUUUUCCAGAAGCUCAAUGACAACGUACUUCGUGUUGAGUGCUUCGACUCGCAAGUCGAUGACAAAUUGAAAGCCAUCUCACUUCACGACCUCAACGCCAUGCGACCAGCCAAGCUGUCACACCAAUUCACAGUCUGCAAAACUACGAGCGGACGCGUGCUGGUCAAACUUGAAAUCAACCACGCUAUCAUCGAUGGUGGUGGCGUCGAUGUACUUCUCCGUGAUUUGACCCUGGCUUAUGAUCGCCGGCUCGCCGAGGGCUCAGCUCCCAAAUUCAGCGAAUACAUCCGCUACAUCAGAACACAGAGCCAAGAUGCCGCCCUUGACCACUGGAAAGAAUAUCUAGGUGGUGUCCGUCCAUGCCAUGUUUCCCCCGCGACGGAUCUGCAAGCCAAGCGUGAGCUGAAGGGUAUCUUGAUGGAAUUCACGCGAUACCCCGAGCUCCUGAGCUUCUGCGAACAAGCUUCUGUUACUCUUGCCAAUCUGACUUUGACGGCCUGGGCUAUUGUUCUGCGGGAAGUCACUCACUCCGAUGAUGUCUGUUUCGGAUACCUAUCUGCCGGUCGCGAUGCGCCCGUCAACGGUAUCCAGGACAUGGUUGGUAUCUUUAUCAACAUGCUAUGCUGCAGAGUCAAAUUUUCUGGCUAUCAGACCCUGUCCGAUGUCUCGAAGAGAGUCAAUGGCGAUUACAUUCGCAGCAUUCCUCACCAAAGCUGUUCCCUCGCCAGCAUUCAGCACGAACUUGGCUGGCAGGGACAGUCCCUAUUCAACACUACCCUCUCCAUUCAAAAUCACACCGUUGCCGGUGGUAACAAGGAGAAAGGUCUUUGCUUCGACCUGCAACAUGCUCACGACCCUAGUGAGUAUGCCGUUACUGUGAAUGUGGAUAUUUCUCGAGGCGCGGAAGGCAUCAUGCUGCGCUACUGGAAUGACAUGGUGAGCGAUGACCAAGCACAGUGCUUGGUAGAUAGCAUUGCCAAGGUCUUCACUAGCUUCAUCGAGUCCCCAUCUUCGAAGAUUCAAUCCUUGAAGUUCGAGAGCAGUCUUGUGGAGGAACGAAACCCGGAAUGGGCCAACUCCCAGUCCACUCUCAAUGAGAAAGCGAAGCUGGGCAUUGAAGCUUUGGAUGGUGCCGCAAUCCAGAAAAUUAUCGACAAUCGUGUGCAUGAGAUUAUUCGUCAGAUGUUGAGGGAUGGAAAGUUGAUGGUGCCUCACAUGCAGCCGGAGAGUCUGUCUGGCUAUGGGCACCCUGAUGACGGAGUGGAUUCGCCGUACCCAUUGGAGGGUAUUCAAGGAGGAGCUGAUGAUUCUGGUGUUUGCUCUGCAACAUCAAGAUCCAGCGAGGAAGGGUUGAUGGCGGAUAUUGAGAGAAGAUUGUGGACUCUUUGGAGCACUGCUCUGGGCCUUUCGCCCAAUGUCGUGCGACACCAGGACAGUUUCUUCAAGUUGGGUGGUGACAGUAUCACCGCAAUGAAGAUGGUCAGCGCAGCUCGCGAGGAUGGUUUGGUUCUUACUGUUGCGGAUGUUUUCAACAACCCCGUUUUCGAGGACAUGCUCGCAGCUGUUCGUGGUUCACAUGCCACUCAGCAAAUGUUGGAUGUCGAUCUGAAGCCUGCUCACAAGGACGUGGGUUCUUUCACUGACAGCAAGCCCACGACACUGGCACCAACUCCAUCUUCUGAAAGCAUUUCUGUCCUCAGGCCGAUGCAGGCUGUGGAUGAUGCUUCAGUUCAAACCGGCAUCUGCCCAAAGAUCGGUGUCUUUAAGGGUGGCAUCGCCGAUGUCCUGCCAGUGACAGACUUCCAGGCCAUGUCCCUGACUGCAACUCUUUUCAAGUCACGAUGGAUGUUGAAUUAUUUCUUCCUCGAAGGAAACGGACCUUUGGAUCUGCGCCGACUCCGUGAGAGCUGCUUGAAGGUUGUCGAUGCAUUCGAUAUCCUGCGUACUGUUUUUGUCUGCUUCCACGACCAAUUUUUCCAGGUCGUCCUUCGCAAGAUUCGUCCCAGCAUCUUUGUCUACGAGACUGAUCGUGGAAUGGACGAGUUUACUAUGAAUCUGCAGCAGCGCGACCGUGAAUAUGGCCCUCGCGAGGGUGAGCAGUACGUACAGUUCUACAUCAUCAAGAAGAAGAACAGUGACGAACACCGCAUCAUGAUUCGCCUUUCUCACACCCAGUACGAUGGCGUGUGUCUUUCGAAGAUCAUGUCCGCCAUCAAGCAUGGAUAUGAGGGUAGCCCUCUUCCUCCCGUAACCCCCUACGCUAGUUACCUCCGCCAACUUCCAGGUACCGUCGGUCCAGACCAUUACAAUCAUUGGUCUAAGCUCUUGAAGGACUCGCAAAUGACGCAGGUUGUCCGCCGCAAGGGCACUUCCAUGUUCCAGAAUGUUGGUGCUUUCACCGAAAUUCGCAAGAACAUCGAGAUCCCUCCCACCGCUCUUGGAAACGUCACUGUCGCGACUGUUAUGCAGGCUGCUUGGGCCAUCACUCUGGCAAAGCUGUCCGCUCAGUCCGACGUGGUAUUCGGCCUGACAAUCAGCGGGCGCAACGCGACCGUUCCGGGCAUUGAGACUACAGUUGGCCCUUGUGUCAACGUCAUCCCAGUCCGUGUCAAGUUCGAUGAGAAAUGGACUGGUCUUGAGCUUUUCCGCUACCUUCAAGACCAGCAAGUCUCGAACAUGCCGUACGAGUCCCUGGGCUUCCGGGAGAUCAUCAAGCAGUGCACCGACUGGCCUGCAUGGACAUAUUUCACCACCUCUGUGUUCCAUCAGAAUGUUGACUACGAAGGCUCCCUGGAACUCGACAACACCAAGUACCGCAUGGGUGGUGCCGGAGUGAACGACAACUUUGCAGACUUGACCAUGGUUUCUCGUCCUGCGGAUGAUCGCAACCUAAGCGUCACUCUCGGGUACUCUGAAAAGGGCCCUAUCAUUCCUGCCUUUGCAACCAAGGUCCUUGAUAUGGUCUGCGAAAUCGCGCUAUCCCUGGUCGCAAACCCUUCCACUGCCUUGCCUUCGCCAAGCAUGCUUCGCUCUCUUCCAUCUCAGGUUGUGGAUGACCUACCCCGAUCAUCAGAUGAACACUUCCUCAGCGCUCAUCUCAAGUCACGGUCCAUUGCCGAGUUGCUUGUACACUCAGACAUCCUGUCACGCUCGUGGCACCAGGUCCUGCCAAAGCGCGCCUCUACCACCACGACAGACCCAGACACCGGUGAUAAAUCUACCCACCAGGCUGCCUUCCAGCUUGAUUCAUCUUUCUUCGAUCUCGGGGGCGACAUCUUCAACAUGGCCCAACUCACAUGGAUCCUUGAGCAAGAAGGCCUUAAAGUACGCCUUGAGGACCUUCUUGAGCAUCCUUCUUUCCUUGGCCAGAUGGCUGUCCUGGCUUUACACAAUGCAAAGCACCAAGAAGACUUCCCUCCUGAGUUCGCUACCGGUGCUGUCUCGCCUGAUCCUGUCGCUACUAGUCGCGUUGAGAAGAAGAAGACGUGGGAGAAGGCCAUGAUACUCGCUCGCAAGUUGACGCGCAGGAACACCAUGGUUUCAAGCCAUGCUUGA